AUGAGCCAGAACUGGAGGCGCAAAUCGUCCGUGUCGGCGUGGGACAAGCCCGAGGGCGGGUGGUCGCGACGGCAACGAGGAGGGAUCAUCGCCACGGUGGGAGGCUUCAUCGAGGGUUUGGCUACGGCCCUGAUACGGCGCAAAAUCUUUGUCGUCAUUUUUUUGCUGCUGACCCUGCUGUCCUUCUUCACAGCCGUGCCAUUUGUGCCGCACUUCAACUGGGGCUCGGGCAAGUACGUGAUUAUCCUGGCUGCCAACGAGGGUGGAGGAGUCAUGCACUGGAAGGGAGCCAAAGAGUGGGCCAUCGAGCGAAGCAGCAUUGAAAACAAGCGAGAAUACGCCGAGCGCCACGGCUACCAUCUUGCCGUCAAGGACGUGAGUCUCAAGAAGAGAUACUCUCACGAGUGGAGAGAGUCGUGGCAGAAGGUCGACAUCAUCAAGGAGACCAUGCGCCAGUUCCCCAACGCCGAGUGGUUCUGGUGGCUCGAUCUGCAUACGCUCAUCAUGGAGCCCCAGAUCUCGCUGGAUCAGCACAUUUUCAACAACCUCUACAAUGAGACCUACCGAGACCUAACUGGCCAAUUCAACCCUUUGAACUUACCCGUGCAGAUCCCCUACGUGGACUACAACCAGCCCGUCGACCUGAUUGUCACCCAGGACUGCGGAGGCUUCAAUCUGGGUUCCUUCUUCAUUCGACGGUCCGACUGGACCGACAAGCUGCUCGAUCUGUGGUGGGACCCUGUCUUCUAUGAACAGAGGCACAUGGAGUGGGAGCACAAGGAGCAGGACGCGCUGGAGUACCUGUUCACGAACCAGCCCUGGAUCCGAGGACGGGUCGGCUUUCUGCCCCUCAGAAAAAUCAACGGUCUGCCUCCCGGAGCUUGUUCCGAGAUGGAGAAUGACAAGCAGCUGUUCUACGACGAGAAGUCACGAGACUUCCUUGUCAACAUGGCCGGCUGUGAAUGGGGACGAGACUGCUGGAAGGAGAUGGAGUCGUACAAGGCGAAGGCUGUCGAGCUGCAUCGAAAGAAGUGGUGGUUGUUUUAG